UUUCAUUAUGAAUUAGUGCAUCGGCACAUCGGCAGCAACAAAAAUGCCGGUGUUGACGCUGCAGGGUAACCAUGGAUCCCCGGGAACGGCGCCCGGCCGGUAUGCGGGGAACCUCGGCGUUGCUCCAACAGAGUUCGGCUAUACAGCGCUAGCCAUAUUUAAACACGGCUGAUCGCUUGCGCCUCCCCAACUUUCGCAUGCCUACGAAAAGACUUGCCUUGUCUGCAUAAAUCUCUCGAUAAAACCUCAUCGAUCGGAAAUCAUGGACGAGAACUCGCUCAACCCCGUGCCCUUCUCGGAGCCGCCCUACCUGCGCGGCCUCCCUUCGCCGUACUACAAGGAAACCCAUCUCCAAUUCCAGAAGGCCUGCCGAAAGUUUGUCUGGAACAACCUGCUCAAGGAUGCCGUUGAGUACGAAAAGGCGAACCUGGUGCCCGAGCACGUCUUCGACACCUUUUGCAAGGCCAACAUGCUGCUGCCCAACCUCCCGGCGCCGCUGCCCGUCGAAUGGCUCAAGAAGCUCGGCAUCCACGACAUCCUGGGUGUCAAGGUCGACGACUGGGACUACAUGCACUGCGGCAUCUGGCUGGACGAGAUGUCUCGCUCGGGCAUUGCUGGACCUAGCGCCUCGCUGACGGCCGGCUUUGCCUUUGGUAUACCACCGAUCAUUAAGUACGGCAGCAAGGAGCUGCAAGAGAAAUUCCUCCCCGACUUGCUCACGGGCAAGAAGCGAGCCUGCAUCGCCAUCACUGAGCCCGGAGCCGGUAGCGACGUUGCCAACAUUGCCACAACGGCCGCCAAGUCUGCCGACGGCAAGCACUACAUCCUCAAUGGUUCCAAGAAAUGGAUCACCAAUGGUAUCUGGUCCGACUACACAACUAUGGCGGUUCGCACGGGUGGCCCAGGUGCAAAGGGUCUCUCCGUCCUCGUCGUGCCGCUCAAGGGGCACCCCGGAGUUUCCAUGCGCCGCAUGAGUGUCAUGGGCCAAAAGACGGGUGGCACUACAUUUAUUGAUCUCGAUGAUGUCAAGGUGCCUGUUGGCAAUCUUGUCGGCAAGGAGGGUGAUGGCAUGAAGAUCAUCAUGAACAACUUCAACCACGAGCGCUUGACGAUUGCCGUGGGUGUUACGCGCCAGGCCCGCAUGGCUCUGUCUGCUGCCUUCAUGUACGCUCUGAAGCGUGACGCGUUUGGCAAGAAGCUCAUGGACCAACCCGUCGUGCGUCACCGUCUUGCAAAGGCUGGUGCUGAAGUGGAAACUAUGAAUGCCUGGACAGAGCAGAUUCUCUACCAGCUCUGCCACAUGGAGCGUCGCGAAGCAGACAUCCGUCUUGGUGGUAUCACUGCGCUGGCAAAGGCUAAGAGUGCCAUUGUGCUCAACAAGUGUGCCCAGUGCGCCGUGCUCCUCUUUGGAGGCAACGGAUUCACUGCUACCGGCCAAGGCGAGCUUGUCGAGAUGAUUUACCGUGAUGUCCCGGGAGCUCGUAUCCCUGGUGGUUCAGAAGAUGUCCUGCUCGAUCUCGCCAUCCGACAGCUCGUCAAAGUAUACCAAGCAGGAGAGCAGAUGCUCGGCAAGGCCAAUCUGUAAACGGAUCAAAAUGUAAAAAUACAAUUAUAUUAACAGAAUUUGUAAAGAAUAUAACGAAGUUUGCUCUACUAAACUAUUGUUUCAUAUCGUUCUUGACUAGAUAGUAGCGCCUUAGUCUUUGGGGACCGGAACCUCUUGGGUUGAGCAGUGUAUGCCACCACCCAAGAAUGGAAGCUCUGAAAUGUAGACUGCUUCUAUAUCCCUGUUGGGGUACAGGCUCUGAAUCAGCUUCAACGCCGCCUUGUCGGCUUUUCUGUCGCCAAACUGGGGAAAGAUGACACCGUCGUUGACUAGCAAAUAGUUCACGUAGCUGAGUGACGGGUAGUCUUCGACUUCUGCUUCAAUGUCUUUGAGCAGCUUCUUUUCUACUCCAAGAGCGUAUAGGUCAGCCUCUUCCACUUCGACAAUUUGUAGCCGCCGCCCCGAGGCAUCUGUUGUCUUGCUGAGAAUAUCAUACGCCUCAUGAUAAACAUCAACCCAGACACCACCCUCGUCAACAUUGUUCGGACGGCUCAGCAAAACCUUGCCCGGGGAUACGAAUCUGACAAGACCAUCGAUGUGGCUAUCCGUAAUCUCCAAGCCUCGUCUGCCAGGGAUCCAGAUAAUCUUUUCCACGCCGAGCGUUCGCUGAAGCUCCUGCUCGAUUUCUGCCUUCCCUUUACCAGGGUUGCGAUUGUCGAUGAUGACGGAACUUUCUGUUAAAAUGACAGUGCCUUCGCCAUCAACUUCAAAUGAACCUCCCUCGCCCACAAGAUUUGACCGGAUGGCUGGCGUGUAUCGACCUUGCAGAAUGAUAUCUGCCAGAGAUCUGUUUGAUCCGGUAGGAUAUUUAUUGCCCCAUCCAUUGAAGUUGUAAUCGACACCAUAGAGCUGGGCGCUGUUCGAAUCAUCAUUCACCACAAAGGUGGGUGCCAUAUCGCGCAUCCAAAGAUCUAGUUUGUGAUAAUACGAGAUGAUGACAACGCUGGCAUUCUUGGUGUGCUUGAACCUCUCCUGCGCAUCUUGUAGGCGCUCCGGGGUCACCAUGAUGACGACUGGUUGAAAGAGAGCGACAGCAUCUGCAAUAGCCGAGACGUCCUUUGUAGCAGCCUUGAGAUCUCUUGAGUCUUCAUAGGCAUCGUUUGCUUGGGCGGGCCACGCCAUGAGGACGGCAGACUGACGGUCCCAUUCGGCAGGGCGAAAGAAUUUGGUCGGCAUGUGUUGCGCCAUAUUGCUGUAGUGAGAUGGAUGGAAAUGUGUAGAUACAGCGCAGAGUACAGAUGGAUGGAGGGUUGCGUCGCCAGUCAAUGGCUCCUUAUAGCAGUCGUUGCCUGUUUGAGUCGCAACACUGUACGAGAGAUUGAAAUCUGCCGCCAAGAAACCAAAAUUUGACGGUCAAGGCAGUGUUGAAAAAUUAAGUAGAUGAAAUGGAUACUAAUAGCGGCGCAGUGUUAAUAGAGGGUGCAUUCGGGGACUCCUGG